ACAUGAGAUCUGCAUGAAAUUAUUAUCGAUGUCUCGAUCUAACGCGAACGACUAAGCCCGAAUAAGCGAGGGUACGUUAUACCUGGACAGCUGACAGCUUCCAGGUUGAAAUGGUUGCACGUGGAGGAUGUCGAAAAUUCGGCCAUGCACGCGAUGCUUGGAUUAAUAAAUUUAGAUACGUUCUCCGCCCUUUUGAUGCCUGCCGUGCUCAAGCAGAUUGAUGCAAGUGCAUCGUGUAAUCUUUCGUUGCAUUCGGUUGCAGUUUGUUAUGUUGUUAAACAAAUUGCAUUCUGGAUCAUGAAAUUUAUGUAACAAUGGAGAAUGAAAGUAAAAAUUAGCAACAAAGAUUUGGAUCAAGUUAUAGCGAAAUAUGUAAAUAUUAUAUGAGCUACGUAAUAUAUUAUAGAAAAUCAAAAUGUUUUAUACUUUAGAUAUAAUUUAUACAAAUAGUACUAUAUCGAAUCAAAAUCUUUAUCCUAUAAGAAAGAAUUUAGCGAUUAUAAUACGAUAGUAAAUUAUGCAUGCGUAACAUGCUGUAACGUUUUUGAUAAGUUAAGUGAUACGUGAUGAUAGCCGAGAUCGAUAAUUACAGACUUCGAUUCUCAAUUAGCGAGAUUAUAUCUCGCAACGUGCAAUUACUAGCGUUAUCUCUACACAAACCUGACAAAAUAAUAACUACACGCAAUACAAAAACCUUCAAUUAAACCUUGAAACUCUCAGGCCCAGCGAGUAGUAUAGGAUUAACAAACGCGCGGCAUUAAAGUCACCGAUCAAAGGCGAGCCGAGGAAAGCCUGCAAAGAGAAUAGAAUGAUGGAUGACUCUACAAGAGAAUUAUACAAAUUUAUAAACGAGUGUCUUGAUAGACUUGGGAGAGUCUUCGUAGAGACGAAGGAAGAAAGGAAUAACUCUGUAUGAACAAAAUUCUACCAGCGGCUUGGAUGUCCGCCAAGAAAGUUUGCCAUGGUGCAAAGCGGAUGCGGUACCUGAAGCCACCAUAUCAUACGAGAGCGAAGAAAGGAGAGGAAACAGAAAGGAAAUUCCGCGGCUAGAAUGAAAUAUCGGCAGAAUAAGUGCCUCGUAAUCGCUCUCCAUGGAGCGAGCGGGCUGGGGGGAGGAUUAGGUAACUCAUGGCAAGGACGUGGCCUAGUCCCUUGAUGACGAGGACGAAGACAACGGCGACGAGUCGGCGGUGCUCGUUGGUCUUCCACGAGCCCCAUUCGAUCCUGUGCCCGACUCGUUGCUCUCAUUGGGCGUGGUUCGGUUUCUUGCUCAAUUUCGUGCUCCUCGCGGCCGCGAAUCGGUGACCGUCGAAGGUACCGUCACCCAAUUACGUCAGCGAGUACGCCCUGGCGUAAAUGUGUGCGGGGCGCGGGCUGGCGUGGUGGGCCCACCGAUCCCCGAACAGUAUAAAAGCCGAAAACCGCCCAUCAGUAUCACUCGCAUCACCGACUCGCAAGAUCGAGCAAACUGCCGAUUAAUCGAGCAACAAUGGCCUUCAAGUUCAUCGCAUUUGCCGCUUUGAUCGCUGCCGCCAACGCCGGCGUGAUCGCUCCCGCCGCCCCCUUGGCUUACGCCGCGGCACCCGCCGCCCCUCUGGCUUACGCCGCGGCACCCGCCGCCCCUCUGGCUUACGCCGCGGCACCCGCCGCCCCUCUGGCCUACGCCGCUCCCGUCGCCAAAGCCGUGGUGGCUAAGACCGUGGACGCCGACUACGACCCGCAUCCCCAAUACAGCUAUGCCUACGACGUGCACGACAGCUUGACCGGCGACGCCAAGAGCCAGCAGGAGACCCGCGAUGGCGACCUCGUCCAGGGCAGCUACUCUCUCUUGGAGGCCGACGGUACCAGGCGCAUUGUCGACUACACCGCUGACCCGGUCAACGGAUUCAACGCCGUAGUCCGCAAGGAACCCGCUGCUGUCGCCGUCAAGGCCGUCGCCCCCGUUGCCCACAUCGCACACGCUGCGCCUGUCGCUUACGCCGCCCCCAUUGCCAAGUUCGCCACCCCUGUGGCCCAUGCCGCUCCUCUCGCCUAUGCCGCCCCCAUAGCCAAGUUCGCUGCUGCCCCCGCUGUCGCUUACACUGCCCCGAUCGCCAAGGUCGCCGCCGCUCCCGCCAUCGCAUACGCUGCGCCGGUCGCCAAAUUCGCCGCCCCCGCCGCCUACCUCCACUGAACUGUGACCUGAUCGUCACUUAGGAAUGAUACUUGUCGAAUAAAUCUCGUUUUUCAUAGCAACUAUAUAAAUUGUACGAGACCUUCACCCACCUUUGAUGCACUUCGUUCAAUGAUCUAACCGACUCUGGAAGAGGAUCUACUUUAAAUCACUGAUUCUUUUACGCAACGUGAAUAGAGAGGAUGAGAGAAUAUUCCACUAGAGAAUAUAGCUUAUAAUCUUGCCUUUGAUAUGUCCAACUUUUCUCUUAGAAUAGAAUUGAAAGUAAUUCAAUUAUUUAAAUAAUUAUGAGUUCUGCACCAAUUAGCUAUUCUCAUUUACAUUUACACUUUCUCUUUCUAAUCAUCAUCUGAUUGACAAAUUGGAAUUUUAUUGUGAAAGAUCAUUAAGUAUGUAAACUACUGAAUAAAUAACGGAAUUACUUCUUUCCUCUUACUGAAG